AUGGAACCCCCUUUAAUUAUUAAAAAUCUCCACUUCUUAGACAAUAUGUUCAAUAUGACCAUGACAUUCCGCCAGGACUCUGAUGUUUAUAGACCUUAUGGCCGUACUGAAGCAUUGAGAGAGCCUCAAAGCUUUACUAUCCCAGUAAAGUCUAAAUUGGUUGCUUGGGUGGUCAGUAAGUGGUAUCCAGGCGUACGGCGCAAUGAGUAUUAUAAGGAGCUGAAUAAGUACAUUCCAAUUGAUGUUUAUGGAAAGAGCCACAUGAAGUUAUCUUGGGAUGAUUUCUAUACAACCGUCUCUCAGUACAAGUUUUACCUUGCGUUUGAAAAUUCCAUUUAUAAGGAUUAUAUAACUGAGAAGCUGUGGUCAAAUGCUUUUGACUCUUGGGCUGUACCUGUCGUGUUAGGGACAACUAGGAAAAACUAUGAGAGAUUUCUUCCUGGGGAGGCUUUCAUUCACGUUGAUGAUUUUCCAAGUGCAAAGGACCUUGCAGACUACCUUAUUCAGUUGGACAAUGAUGAUGAAAGAUACAAGAAUUACUUCAACUGGAGAUCAUUGUAUCGCGUAAGAAGGGAAACUGGGUGGGACAAUCACUAUUGCAAAGCAUGUAGGGCAUUAAGGCAAGCUCCAGAUUACCAAGUCAUUCCUAGUUUGGAAAAGUGGUUCUUAGAGGGCACUAAUGUAUAA